CUCUCUUCAUUCUUUUACAUUGUAACUUUCAACAGCAUCGCUUCAUUAAGCAUAAUGGACUCUGCAAGCAGCCAAAUUACAGCAGCACUUCAGGAAGAUGUCAACAUCCUUCGUCAGGAAUUGCUUGCCUUGGAGGAAAAGCGCGCGUCUCUUUUAAAGCAAAUUGAUGAGGAAGAGAGAAGCAUGGUCGAAGAACCUACAACGCUAGUACCUCCUACCCCAACCAAGACUGAUAAAGAUGAAAAGAGAAUGCAGAAUAUCCUUAUGGCAUAUCGUUUGACUGGAGUCACGUUGUUUAGCGUCAAUGAACUGGAUGAAAACGAUUGGUCAGCAUAUCCCAUGGAUGGUUUCCCUGAAGCACCCAAAGAGGUAGGCAUCCGCUUUGAAACUUUUGCUCAAGGAAAGUAUCACGAACCGUAUUAUGUCAUACUCAGAAAAAAGACAUUGAAGCAAAGUGAUGAUAAAGAUCAGCGAAAGGAUAAAGAUGGCGCUGCUGAUGGCGAUAAUGAGCAGCAAAAACAGAUGCAAAAAGAGGGUGAUAUGCUUUACGUCUACAAGCAUACUAUCCCACAUUGGAUUCCCUUACAAGAAGUUGAGAAACGAUAUCUUAAUCGGGAUGUUAAUACAUUCACACGAAUAAUCUCAGAAUAUCUUCAGGAAUAUGUGGCCCAAAGAGAGAGUGAGAAUGCCAAAGCUAUAGUAAGCCCUACACUGCCUGGACUGUCUGAAUUAUAACCCUCAUUGAAGAAAGACCCUGCAUUCCUCCUGAAUAUUCCGAGGCUAAGUGACGAAAUAAAAUCUUGC